AACACCAUUCUCACAAUUAAUAAGCAUAAAUAUUCCUUCAUGCUUCUAAAAUAUGUUUGUUCUCAUUGCUCUGUUGUAGAGAAAAGCUGGUUUAAAGAAUUGAAAAAGAACAGAAGCAGCUUUUACUUUUUCUCCUCUGAGAAGAAGAACUGGAGUGAGAGCAGGCAGGAAUGUAGAAAGGGAGGAGCAGAUCUGGUGAUCAUAAACAGCAGAGAGGAACAGAUGUUCCUCAUUGACCAAAAGAAAGAGAACAGUUUCUGGAUUGGUCUGACUGAUGAAGAAGCAGAAAAGACAUGGAAGUGGGUGGACGGCCAACUGCUGACUGACAAAUUCUGGAGGCCAAGAGAACCCAACAACGGUGGUGGUGAGGAGGACUGUGCUAUUUUCACCACAGCAGACAAAGACAGUCAGGAAACAUGGAACGAUCUUUCCUGCUCAGGGAGAGAAAACUGGAUGUGUGAAUUCAAUCUGACAAACUUCCACCUGAAUACUUCAACUAAACACCUUUAGAUUUUCACUGCUAAUCUUGGGAUAAAGGCAUAAACAGAGGCUUUAGAAGCUGUUGAACCGAAAUUUAAAGAAUACAGGACUUGAGCAUGUUACUUUGACACAAAUCAUAAUUCUAAAUGAGAACCAACAGAUGUUGUACAGAUGUUUUUUUUCCCUAAAGAAAAUGUAUGUGAUUAAUAAUUUAAGUUUUUUUUUAAUUGUUAGUGCUUUUAAAAAUAAACAAAGGCAUAAUCAGAUACUUUAGAAGCUGUUGAGCUGAAAUUUAGGGAAUACAGGGCUUGAGCCAUUAUACUUGGACACACAUCAUUAUUUGAGCUCUAAAUGAGA